AUGGUGAUUGUUUAUUUUGUUACAAUUUUAGAGAAAUCACUGGAGGACUGGAGGAGUGGAGGACUGGAGGAGUGGAGGACUGGAGGACUGGAGGAGUGGAGGACUGGAGGAGUGGAGGACUGGAGGGACUGGAGGAGUGGAGGACUGGAGGAGUGGAGGACUGGAGGACUGGAGGACUGGAGACUGGAGGACUGGAGGACUGGAGGAGUGGAGGAGUGGAGGACUGGAGGAGUGGAGGACUGGAGGACUGGAGGAGUGGAGAGGACUGGAGGAGUGGAGGACUGGAGAAGUGGAGGACUGGAGGAGUGGAGGACUGGAGGAGUGGAGGACUGGAGGAGUGGAGGACUGGAGGACUGGAGGAGUGGAGGAUAUGUUUUGUACAAUUCCUCUAUAAGUCGUACAUGCCGAAGGACUGUGCAAAAUCUUCUGGGCAGAACCUAA